AUGCCCGACCAUCCGCUCGUCCUCUUCCUCAGUCGCGCCGCCUUCGUUAAGCACGCCUCCGACGCGGGUCUCAUCGUCUCCGAGUUCUCGACGACCAGCUCGCAUAUUGCGCAGGCGGCGCACGCCGGGUCGCCGGGCCUCGGCUCAGGCGCCGACGAGGUCACGAUGCUCUCGUUCGGGCUCUCCUUCUCGCACCUGUACUCCGGCCUACCCUUCGACUUCAGCUUGCAGCCAGGGCUGAAGGCGGCGGCUCUGCUCGACACGGAGCACGCGCGUCGCAUCAUCCGGCCCCUCUCCGCCUCCGCCAGGCCGCUCCCGCCCGGGCGAGCGCCCGUCACCGCCCAGCCCGUCACCGCCCGACACGGCAACUCGAGCGACGGCGCUAGAGGAGGAGGCGGAGGCACAGGCGUGGCCUCCUCCGUCAGGGCGGUGCGGUCGCCCGUUGCGAGGGGCAAGUCGGCUAUCGAGCCCCCGCGCAGGAAGGCGCCGGCAGUUCGCCUGCCGCCUCCUCCUCCCGCCGGCGAGCGGAGUGAGGCGCAGGAGGAGGAGGAGGCGCAGAGGCUGCGGCUGGCCGCGGGAGGGAGAGGCGCGGAGCAGCGCGCCGACCGCCACGCGGAGCACCACGCGGAGCACCACGCGGAGCACAGAGCAGGCCGCAAGCCGGAUGGCAAGGGUGCCGCGGGGGCAGCGCCGCGCAAGCCGGACGGCAAGGGUUCCCUUGCGCAAGGGAUGGCAAGGGACGGCAAGGGUCGGCGGCGGCUCGACCGGCACCAGCUGCUCGACUGGCAGGGAGGCGAGCGGAGCGAUGGCAUCGGCAGCCACGGGCUCGGUCUCGGCUGGAUCGGGCGGCGGCUGCAAGAGGCGCUGCAGGAGGCGCUGCAGGAGGGGCUGCAGGAGGGGCUAAGCUUGCGCCUCGCGCCGCACGCCGAGCCUCGCGGCGGAGGAAGCGCCCACUCUCGAGGAGCCUUCCUGGCACCUUCCUCUCGAGGGAGCGAGCGGGCGCACGGAGGAGGCGAAGUCGCGGGCAAGGGGCUUGGCAAGGGGGCGGGCAAGGGGAAGGAGUCAUUGCCGGCCGGCGCGAGCGAGCUCCACGAGCUCACCGACGACCUCGCACUGGUGGAGGGCAACGGCGGCGACGACUUCACGCUCACCUUCCCUGCGGCCGACGCGAUGGAGCGCCUCGGAGCCUGCUUUGUAGGCUUCGACCUCCUCGACAACACCGCGACCGACUCUGAGACGCUCACCCUCUACGGCGUCGACUCUGCGCGGCUCGGGUCCGUCUCGCUGCGCUCGGUGCGCGAGAGUCAGGCGCGGCAUGCCGGCCGCGCAGGCGCGGGUCGCCGCUCGCGUGAGACGUUCCUCGGCAUUCUCUCCCGCGGGGCGCCGAUCGGCUUGGCCUCCCAGAUGCUGCACACCGAUCCGAGCUUCGCCUCCUUCGACGAGGCGCAAGACGCAGACGCGACCGGCAUCGCGUCGAUCGCGUUUGGGUACCGCACCUCCGACACGGCCUACAACUGGCCCGCUUGGGCGACCCUCGCCGCCGCGCUCGCGCUCGCCCUCGUCGCCGAGAGAGCCGCGCUGCUCGGCUACCGCCGCAGAGUCAGCCUGCCCACGGCGGCGGCGUGGGCGGCGGCGUGGCUCGGCUUCGCCCUCGCGGUCGGCGGAGUGCUCUGGCGGGCCCGGUCGUGGAGGCCGGCGCUGCUCUACUCGGCGCGGCUGCUAGUGCUGUCGGCGCAGGCCGAGCCGUCCGCGAGUCUGCUCCGGGCCUCGCUAGGCGUGCGGCUGCUCGUGCUGCUCUUCUGCGCGGCGCUGCUCGAGCGCUUCUGGUGGGUCAUCAUCCUUUUCGCGCUCUUUCUCCUCGUCUCCGCGCUGCGCAUGCUCCUCUUCCCGGACGAGCCCGAGCCGCCCCCCCUCGCCCUCGCGGGCAGCUCCGACGGCACGGACGGCGCGGGCGGCGCGGAGGCGCACUGGGCGCUCCGCGCCUUGGGCACGUGCAUGCCGUUGCGGUGGGAGCCGGAGCACGACGGCCGCUGCCUCGUGUGCGGCGGAGGCGGCGAGCCGCGCGACCGGCGGUGCGGCGGCGUCGGCGCGACGCGGCUUCUGGUCGCGGUGUGCGGCAUCGUGGUUUGCGAUUUGCUCUUCGCGAUGGACUCUACGCCGGUGAUGCUGUCGGUGACGCGCGCGCCGCUGCUGCUGGUUGCAUCGCAGGCGACGUCGAUGCUCUUCCUGCGGCCGCUCUAUUUCAUGCUCGCCGCCAUCACCGAGUACCUCGACGCGAUGCAGCAGACCCUCGCCGUGGUGCUCAUCAUCAUCGCUUGCAAGAUGCUCGCAGAGGCGGCGGGCUACGAGGUCUCCCUCCCCCUCUUCUUCGGCACGCUGCUCGUGUGGAGAGCGGGCGCCGCGGCGGCUGUGCUGCUGCGAAAGGUCGGCGCGUGA